GAUGAUGAAGAAGACGACGAUGACGACGAUGACGACGAUCGAGUCGAUGUCGACGAUGAGGAUGACGAGGACGAGCUUGCCAAAAUACUCAUACCUAAGGAUCUCGCUGCUUGCAACUUGCUGGACAGCGAUAAAGCCACUGCCAAUAACGUCUCGCACAGAGAAAGCACUGACAACGACGACGAUUCGUUCGAUAAACUUGUCGCGCUUACUAGCGAGCUUUCGGUUAGCGAACGUCAACAAGCAGCUCAGCAUAAAGUUGAUACAAGUAUUAUGAAUAAUAGAGGAGCUAAAAAAAAGACUGAUACCACCACUGACAGUGCCAGAUGCAGUGCAACUUCUACUAAUGCUACUACUAAUACUAACUUUGUCAAACCUUUUCUCAAUGGUGCUGCUGGAACAUUUGAAAAUACUGUCAAUACCAUUGAAAGCGGUAUUGGCAAGUUGAAAAUGGACCUCAAUGCUGCAAGUAUUAACAUUGAAAAUAUCCCUCACAUGACAGAUAUCACUAGUGAUACUGUUGACGGAGCAGAGGAAAAAUCAAAUGAAGCUCAAGAAAAUGCAGCUGUACUUGAAUUCAAACAGCUGUGCCAUUCUAAAGAAGCAGCUGAUGAUGAUUCGUGCAAUUGUGAAGACUGUAAAUGGAAAAAACAAGAUCUGACAGCAGAAGAUUUACAAGAAAUGAUGAAGUUGAGGUGUCUUGGUAUGGAGUUAAGACAGUAUAUAAGAUACACUUUCAAUUGGUUUAUGACCACUUCUGGAUUCUCCCCUUCUAUUCAACCUCCGUGCCUAGAUUUAGAUUCAUUUGAAAAUUUUGUAGAACUUCGUGAAUCUGUGGUGAUACUAUGUGAAAGAGUACCUUACCAUUUAUUCAGAUGGCUUGUGGGACAGGCUCAAGAAUUUGUGAUUGGUGUUAAAGUUCAAUUGGUUACUCUUUUAUACGAUCAUUCUAUCAAUAAUUUACCAGAAGUUUUUUUAACAAAAUUGCUUGAUGGAUAUGAAGCUGUAUUAGCAACUGCAGUGUAUAUAUCUGACCUAUUGGAACCAUUGCAUACAGUUCUUUUAAGUAAAGUUAAUUUGACAUGGGGGUACAUAAAUAAGAGUUUGUAUCAGCACUACGUUUAUAGUGAUCCUUUGAUACAAAAUAAUUUACCUCCAUUCAUUGGACAGUUAAGGAAACAUGUGCCACUUAAAGGUUCAGAAUUUUAUUAUCUUGUGCAUCGAUAUCUUGCAUUCGAUGAUGAAAUAACCAAAGUUGGACCUUUAUGUCCAGAAAUUGAACGGUUAAUCGAUAAAUAUAAUGCAGAGCAAGUUACUGGUUCUGUUAUGAAGAAAGUAAGGGAAGACUUUGAAAGAUUCAAAACCAGACUGAAACAUUCAAGUAGCGAUGCAACUAAAGAAUCUGAUAAAGAAUUGGAAGAAGAUGUUAAUGCAGUACAAAAUGAAAUAAAAAACCUGGAUUUACAGUCGUGCAAUCUUCCAAAUGCAUUCGAAAUACAAAGUAUGUUUAAUGAUUGGAAAAAAUCUCCUCAACAGAGGCUUGCUGAUUUAGUAGAAGCACUAACUUUUUCAUCUACAUUAGCAGAUGAUAAGUCGAGAGCAGCAUCAAAAGAAAAAAAAUGCUACCCUUCAUGUUUAGAAAAAACAGUAAAAGAGAAUAUUCGUCAAACUUAUGUAUGUGGUGAAACUUCUGUUCAUCCAUCUGGUGGCCUUAUUAGCUGGGGAUUUUCUCCACCGGGUGCCAAAGAGUGGAAAAAAGGAGAUAUUGUUGAAUUUUUGCCAGCCAGUAAAUAUAUUGAGACCCUCAAAGACAAAGAACGGCCAAAUAUUGAAAUUAAUUUAGAUUUUGAAUUUAAAAAUUUAAUAGCAAAACAUGGAGAUAACAAGGAGACAGCUGCUGCUAUCCCAUCCUGUGCACCACAACCAGCGGUGUUGACGCAAACUGUUGAACCAAUAAAGGAGCCUGUAAAAAAAGUAUCAAAAACCUCAAUGGCCCAAACAGUGCAAACUCAAACUAGACACUCAACUACACAAACUCCAAGUACAAAUAGCCAUAAUACUACCCAUGUACAUCGUCAUCAAGGCAGAUGUCCUUCUCAUACGCAUAUGCAUGGAAACACAUCCAACAAUGUAUUUAAAUUAGGUUCUGGCUCUCAUCGAACCCAUGUAGGACAUAACAAUCAUCCAUCAACACCAUCCUGUCAUAAACAGCAGCAUAUUGUUGAACAUAUAAAACGAUUGCCAACCAGUGACUUGAGUCCUGGAGAAAAUGGUGAAUGUUCCGAUUCGGCUAGCAGCCACGGUGAUUCUUGCUCGGCAACAAACAGUCCAACACCUAGAGAUUCCAAUAGACAUUGUGAUUGCUGUUAUUGUGAAGUAUUCGGUCAUGGUGUUCCAUCGGUUGCACCAGUGAGCCGUAACUACAAUGAAAUGCGGGAGAGGCUCAGACAGCUUCUUUCAAAGAAAAAAGCUAAGGUCUGUAAGGCUACAUAUUCUCCUCUUCCUGUGACAUCUGUCGAAGUUUCACUGUCAUCGUCCUCUUUAUCUUCAUCUUCGUCGACUUCUUCUACGGCUACAAAUGGCAGCGGAGGUGCCGGUGUCAACGGAAGCGCUGUAAAUGCUGUCCAAAGCAAUGCGUCAUCACUGCCACAUCCAGCUACGAGAACCAAUAUAGCCUUGACUGCCAAUUUAAAGUCUGUUUCACAAACCUUGAACUCAAGUAAUGUAAAACCGACGAAUGUAACUCGAGGGACUGCUCCAGUCAAGAUAAAAGACGAUUGGAAUAUCGAUGCCGCUAUUGAGUUUGUAGAAGGCACUCAGUCGGGAAAAAAAGAUAUGAAAAAAGCCGAGAAGAAAGCUCGACAAAAGCAGCGAAAGCUCGAAGAAAAAUUGCAAAAGGAUAAAGAAGAAGACGACAAGCUAAGAUUAAUCGAACUCCAGAAAAAAGCAUCCGAGAUCUCUAUAAGCGUCGUUAAUUCUCAGACUAAAGCCUCACAGAAAAGUCAACGUAAACUACCUGAAGUACCUAAUGUUUCAUUACCUACUGCAAUGGCGAAUAAACAACAGCAAAACUUAAACUCAAAGAAAAAAAAUAGUAUCGCCACUAAUGCACCAACAACAAUUGCAGUAAACAUUAACAAUAAGAACAGUAAAAAUAAGUCUGGGUUGGUGUCGACAACUACCACGCAAACUACUACUUUUACAGAUACAUCCACAACACACACAUUCAAGGUAGACAAUUCAAAACAAAAGAAGACGGCUAAUGCAGAUAAGAAUAACCAAAUGCAAUCUAACAAUAAAUCAAAAGGAAAAAGUAGCAGUAAUGUAAGCCAGAUGAAAGCUGUUGAAAUACCAACUGCAGACGAGAUUGAUCUUGCUAGUAUGACAAAAAAAGAAAGAAAAAAACUCCGGCGACAAAUGGAAAAACAAGAGGCUCUCAAGAAAGAACAACUAGAAAAUAAUCAAGUUUCUGCUUCGGGACAACAAGGUGGUGACAAUAUGCAAAUUGUUACUAUAAAACGGAUCUUAGAAUCAACAAGUACUGAGCCAACUGUCACGAUAACGCUUAAAGGUCAAACGCCAGCAGAAGAUAGGGUACUUUUUACUUUAGUCAAUGGACAGACUAAAGCACUUACAGAUGAAAAAAAUCAGACAAGUGGCAAAAAAAAGAAAAAUAAAACUGGUAAUAGUACUGAACAACUACAAACAUCACAGCAGCAACAAAAUCAGCCAACUAAUAGUAAUAAAUCUCAAAAGUCACAAAACAAUCCUAAUAAUAAUACGAAUAAAUCUAAGGUAGAUCAAAAACAAGAUUCUAAAAUCACAAAGCAACAACAAAAAGUUCAACAACAGCAACAAUCGCAACAGUCUUCUAAAGAUAAGAAUAAAAAUAAAAUUUCAGAGGAACAGAAAUCUAAUCAACAGCAACAACAAGUUACAACAGAAGUUAAAAGUACAAAAUCUAAAAAAGACAAAAAGAACAGUGAAAAUAAAGAAAAUGCCACUAAACAAGUUAAUGAAACAUUACUAAAACAAGACAUGAACACCAAUAAGAAAUCAAAAAAGACUGGAGGGCAACAGCAGCAACAACAACAACAACAUCAACAGCAACAGCAACAGCAACAACAACAACAGCAACAACAACAACAACAACAACAACAACAACAAGUAAAUGCUAGCGGUAAAAAUGCUAAAACAAACAAAAGCCAAAAAAAGAAUCAAGUUAACAAUCAAACACCUACAACCACAAAGGGUAAUAACAAUCAACAAACUUCUAUGCAGGCCAACAAUCAAAAAGCGUCAAAGCUUAAUCAAAAUACGACAAACCAGCAAAAACAAACCCAACAGCACCAACUCAGUCCCCCUGCUCAAAUGGCAAAAAAAGAUGCGAUGGAAGGUUCGUCCGCAUCGCGUAGGGAAUCAGCGAAUAACCUACCUAUUAAUAUCGGUAAUAUCAAACUUCCACCGGGCAUUACUUUAACGAAAAUUCAUGUCAUACCAAAACUUCCACCGACCAAAUCAACUCCCAUUACACCAAAACCAGCGCCUGUGACUCAACUGCCUAAACAGCAGACAAUCAUAGCUUCACCUAUGAGUAUGCAUUCAAACUUUGGAUCCCCUCAAGCAAACAACAAUGUUAUUGUAGUCGACACCGGAAAAUUGAAGCAAGAAAUGUCUUCAAACCAGCCGCAACCUACUGAAUCGAAGAAAAAAAAGAAAAAGAAGAAUAAAGCUGCGGCCGCAGCUGCAGCUUCAGCUUCAGCUUCAGCUUCAGUAGGUAAUAGCAAUGGACCGAUGUCUUUCUUAAGUGGAAAUCCUGAAUCGGCUCGAAUUGAGCACAAUCCUGCCACGAAUAUGGUGACUAUAAGAAAUCCAGCCUUUGCAAUGCCACCGCCAGUGAAAACUGAAUCACCUCCUCAAUCACAGGCUGCUAUAAUUAAAUUACAAGAUAACGGCACAGUAACAAUUCGUAGUCCGGCGUUACAACAAGCAAUCAAUGCUGGAAUAGCUCAACCUUCUAAGCCUGAUUAUAUAUUCAAAGGAUCACCCCCUAAAUCAGAACCCACCAGACAGCCAACGAGCAGUAAUAAUAGCUUUAUGGACAGCGGUGAUUUAUUAAGUGUCAUGCGAGGUUCUAAUACCUUACCCUUACCAGCGGAAAUGUCUGAAUUGCGGAGACGAUUAGGCCCUCAACAACCAGCAAGCGAUUUCGACCGUUACAGUAGUGGUUUACCUAGUAUUCAAAUAAGUAAAGUUACAAAUGGUCAGACACCAAACAUACCUGAAAACGGAAUUCACCUGAAAGGUACGAGCGUGACGCUGACAAAAAUAAAAAGUCCCCAAGUAGAAGAAGCUGCAGCGAUGUUGCAGAGGCCGAGUGGCCAGGUGCAGCAACAGCAGCAACAGCAGCAGCAAAAUAGCGCGAGUAGCAAAAUUAGCAGUAAGAAGAAGAAGCGUGGUAGUGGUGCGAGACCCGGCGGUGAUGACUGGAACCUCGUUGAGAGUGUUUUCACGCCGAAGGACAUAGACUUGGAAGAUGGAGAAAUGGACGAUGCUGAGCGUGAACUCGAAGCAUUCAAACGUUUUUGUUUGCAAUCAGUGCCACCACCCCGCAAGGAAAAAGUCAAUCUCAAUAUCAAGGACAUUGUUUUGAAAAAAAAAUCAUCAUCCGCAGCGGCAGCUGUAGUAGCUGCCAUUUAACUUCUUUUAAUUCACAAAACUGCAACAAAGUUGCAAAUUUUCGUGCAUAUCUAUCACCUACAUUUUUUUUCAUAUAAUUUUUUUUACAAGAGAGUACUUUGAUUGGUAAAGAUAGAUGCUAUUCUAUCUACUUUGUUUACAUGUAUAAAAGUAUGUUUGUUUGAUGGUCAUGUUUUUUUGUUUAUUUACACACUUUCGUGGUCGAAACAGUUCUCAUAUUUGGUUUUCAUUCGAUUGACUUGUUAUUAAAAAAUGUGCAUACCUGCGAUGUUCAUCCCCUCGAAAUGGAAACAUCAAUGUGUAUUUUGCUUACACAAUACUUUGUACAUUACAAAAAAUCACUUAUCUAACGAUGUUUUUAAGCGUGUCAAACAUGACGAUAAUUUUUGCAAUUGGUGAUGACGACGAAGCUAUCGUGACAACGUGUGAUUAUAAUUAAUUAAGUUACACAAGAAUAUUAUACAGUUAGAGUGAGGUAUAUGCGUAUGGAAAAUGCAAAAUGCUCAACGAAAAAUUGUAAGUUUCUUUCCAGUAUGCCGAGAAAUUUUUCACAAAACUUACAUACAUACAGACGCAUAUACGCACUUGAAUCGUAUAAAAACAUUCACCGUAGAUAUUCCUUUUGCCUUAUUAUGUAUUCAUAAAUACAUAUGUAGAUUAUGCAUUAACCGAUAGAGUACGAAAAAGGUCUCACUGGGAAUAUUCUUACGCACUUUAUAGUGUAAACUAUUUACUAUUUCUUUUUUCACUUACUACCGUAUAUUAUUAUUACUUUUAAUUGAUUAUAUUUAGAAUAUAGUCGAAAGAAUCGUCGAGUUUUCGCUGCGCGAUGAAAUUGAAUAGAUGCAUGAGCCGAGGUAUGCGUUUGUACUAUCGCUCGGUGUAUACGUAUAUUCAUAUAAAAUAUGUAAAAUUAUGUAUGGUGCAUCUGCGAGAUUCAAUGAUGUAUACUUCAUUACUGAUAUCUACAUUUGUCUCGACUGGAGAAUAUAAAAGACUCGAAUGUAAUACAUUCUCAGUGAGUGAAAUUUCGUGGCCCUCGCCAAACGAAUGUAUAUUUCUUCGUGUGUCUCAGCACAUUCAUUAUAUAUAAAUAAUAAAUAAAAAAAGUGCGGAUGUAUUCGAUAGACUGCGCGAGGCGCUUACUCGUAAUAUGACUUAUUUUCACGGCGAAUAUGUAUAUAUACUUGCAGGUAUAUGAGUUAC